AUGAAUGGAGUCCUGCUAAAAGAAGUCUAUGGAAAUAUUUCAAAGCUCCUAAUAAAUCGCCCUCGGUCUUUUAAUUUUUGCGAUUUAUUUUUAGCCCAAGCUUUAUUAUCAGAAAUUCUUGAGGCAAAAUCCCUCAAUCAGCACCUUGUGCUUACUUCUUCAAGCCAAAAAUGAUUCUGCUCAGGUGCAGAUAUCCUGUUUUACCGUUCAAAUUAUCAAGAGUUUCCACAAUUUGGCAUUUUAGCUUACCAAAUUUUGAAAAAUCUCUAUAAUUUUCCGAAUGAGUCUUUAAGUAUAUGGCACGGGCACUCUGUAGGCUAUGGAGUAGGUCUUGGAAUGUCCUGUAGGUAUCAAUUAGCUUUACCUAGCACACGGUGGUGUAUGCCAGAGCAUCAUAUAGGGAUUGUCCCAAAUAGUGGGACGUCUUAUUUUCUUUCUCAUCUUAAAGAUGAAGCGUUUGGGCUCUAUUUAUUUUUAACAAAUCAAAGGAUUUCUGGAGAAGACUGCUACUUUUCUGGGAUUUCGACUCAUUAUAUGGAAAGUGGAAAUUUGGCAAGUUUUUUUACGGAUUUAAAAACAGCUGAUUCAUUGAAAAAUUUGAUAGAAAAAUACUCAUCAGAGCCGAAUAAAGAGCUGAGUUCUUAUUUGAAUUAUAAGGAUGAAAUAAAUGAGUAUUUCAGUAGUCCAAGCUCAAUAGAAGAAAUAUUGGAAAGACUAAAAAAGAGUAAUACGCCAUUUGCAGAACAAACAGUUAAGGAAAUCACCUCAGGAUGCCCGCUUAGCUUAAAAAUAGCUUUUAAGCAAUUCCAGCUUGGAAAAAAUCGUGAUUUAUUCCAAGCUAUCGAAUCUGAAUACAUCAUUGAUUGCAACUUAAUUGUUCAUAAAAAUGAAAACUUUGCCAAAGGAGUUCAAGCAAAAAUGGUAGAGAGAAAUCAAGGCAAGCCAAGCUGGAUACCAGCAAGAUUAGAGGAAGUCACAGAGAGUAUAAUUGAAGAGCACAUGAGUAUAAUAAAUCAGCUUCCAAAUUAA